AUGUCUCAGGACUCUUCAACGCCUUUCUCCCUAUUCACGGAGCUUCCUGUGGAACUCCGCCUCAUGAUCUGGGAGAGCGUACCGCAGCCAACAUGCCUCAUCGGCCAGACGCCAUGUUCUGCAUGCUCCGGCGGCAACAUCUGCAAGCCCGCCCUUACCCAGGUCGGAAGACGGCUGUGCGUAGAUACCCGGCACCCUGACUGGCGGCUUCGGUAUAUUGUCUUAUCGCCGGAGCACGCCAUCUUCCCGCCAUUACACGCUUGCCGCGAGUCGCGCGGCGUUUGGCUUCCUCGUUACUUCCGGCCUCCACGUUAUUUAAGCCUGCGCGACUAUGGAUAUGAGCCCGACGAGUGUAGCGGACUGCCCUCAUACAACAUACGAGUUGAUGUUCCCUUCAUCAGUUACGAGACGGAUGUAUUCACUCUCUUCCAACCAUGGGCACAAGCCGAUGUCGACAUUGGAGGACUGCGCCGUACCGGCGUUGAUCGCUACGGUAUAGUCUUUGAUCCAUUCCUGAGUUUGGAUCGCAGUCGUCUUCAGCAAAUUGCUAUUGGCGAGGGUUCCGAACUUGUUGUCGAGGCCGCUAUCAAGCUAGACCUUAAGUCCCUACCUAGCUUACGCAAAGUGUUCGUUCUUUGCUUUUGGUCCGGAUCCACGGCCGCUUCACUCCCAGAUGCGGCUACAGAUUCCGGCGUCCGAGGUUCAGCAUUUGACUGUGAUCUCUAUCACAUUCCAGACCACGACAUUGCGGAACUCCAUAUUUUGAGGUACGGGCGGUUCCAUCACCCUCGUUUCGGCGAACCUGCGCCACUUCGCUCCGUCCUGGAGAUCCUGAAGGCGUUGCUCUGGCACGCACAGCACACGGCUCUUCGAGCCCUCCCACAGGAAGAGUUUGAAAUGAUGCUUGAUUUCAAAGAUUACGUUCUUCAUGGAAGCACGGAUGACAGUACCAGGACCACUUGUCCCUUCCGGCAUGUGCCAGACUGUGGACCGACCGGCCACACACACAACGACAUGGUGUCGUGGGUGACUCCUUUUACGAUAAGCUGCAUGAUGCUCUACCACAAGUACUACGCCAUGGACUUGGACGGGCUGCCACUAUUCCAUGCCGAGAUGCCGGAAGACGAAUGGGAAGACCAACAACACUACCGCAAGGCCCGCUGGGAGCACGUUACCUAUUCAAAGCAGCGUGCAACAGACAGCUCUCGAGAUUUUAGCAUACCUCUCACAUUUUGUCUGGGGAUUCGAUGGACUCUACUGGUCGAGUCAUCCCCAGUCCCGCUCUACGGUCCUCUCAAGACUCGGAGAGACCGGAACCCCCAAAUCUAG